AAAAGCCGAAAACCACCCGUCUGUGGUAUCAUUCGCAUCACAGACAGACAGAUCGAGAGAUCUUCCAAUCAAACGAGCUACAAUGGCCUUCAAGUUCAUCGUCCUCGCCGCGUUCGUAGCAGCAGCCAACGCUGGAUUCCUCCGCACGGCGGAACCUUUGACCUACGCUCCAGCGGCGCACUUGGCUUACUCGGCGCCAGUUGCAGUGGCUGCUGCCCCCGUGGCUAAGGCAGUGGUAGCCAAGGCCGUCGACGCCGACUACGACCCCCAUCCUCAAUACAGCUACGCUUACAACGUGCACGACAGUUUGACCGGCGACGCCAAGAGCCAGCAGGAGACACGCGACGGAGACGUCGUCCAAGGCAGCUACUCCCUCCUCGAGGCUGACGGGACCACACGCAUAGUCGAUUACGUCGCUGAUCCAGUAAAUGGAUUCAACGCCGUGGUCCGCAAAGAGGCAGCUGCUGCCCCCAUCGUCGCCGCUGCUCCAGUAGCAAAAAUCGCCGCCGCUCCAGUCGCUAAAAUCGCCGCCGCUCCGCUCGCCUACGCCGCUCCCGUUGCCAAAAUCGCCGCUCCAGUCGCUUACGCAGCGCCAGUCGCCAAAAUCGCCGCUGCUCCGCUCGCGUACGCCGCUCCCGUUGCCAAAUUCGCUGCUGCCCCCUUCGCAUACGCCGCCCCUGCUCAAGCUUUGAUCCACUGAAUCCGAUGAUCCAUAGGUUUAGGAACUUUGUUUGUCGAAUAAAUAUGUUUCUUUUUUAGCAAGUA